CGAGUCCCUCCAACGUCCCAGAUUGAAAGUGCCCCGCAGUGCUCGAAGGUAAUUUGUAUACAAGGCGUGCCCUUUGCGAAUAUUUGCAUAUAGGCGGGACCUCAGGACGGAAAACACACCCACUUCCACAGGAGCCCCGCCUUCCCAGCGCUCACGCAGGCCCUGAGGCGAGGCCACCGAGAGACCUUAUUUGCAUACGGCAGAGCCUGGUGUGAGGCGGCCGUAUUUCCUCUUCCGCUCGACUUCCGCCCAUUUUCCUCCUGUCUUCCGCCCGGCGGCAGUGGCCGCGAUGCUUCCAAAACGGAGGCGCGAACGGGUUGGGUCCCCAGUCGGUGCGUUCGCUGCUUCCGCGCUGCCCUCGGUGCGCUUCCCCGACGUCGCUAUCUACCUGGCUGAGCCGCGCAUGGGCCGCAGCCGCCGGGCUUUCCUCUCACGCCUGGCGCGUUCCAAAGGCUUCCGUGUCCUGGACACCUGCAGCCCCGAGGUGACGCACGUGGUAAUGGAGCAGACCUCAGCGGAGGAGGCCCAGCGCUGGCAGGAGGCCAGGACGGCCUCUGGUCCUGCCCCACCAGUCCUGCUAGAUAUAAGCUGGUUCACGGAGAGCAUGGCAGCUGGCCAACCAGUUUCGGUGGAGCGCCGGCACCGCCUGGAAGUGACAGCAUCCAGGGAUAGUCCUCCAGGCCCAAGUCAGAUGCCAGUCUAUGCCUGUCAACGGCCCACACCCCUCUUGCAUCACAACACCCAUCUUUCGGAGGCCUUGGAGACACUGGCGGAGGCAGCAGGCUUUGAAGGCAGCGAGGGCCGCCUCCUCUCCUUCCGCAGAGCGGCCUCCGUGCUCAGGGCCCUCCCUGGCCCUGUCACUGCUCUGAGCCAGCUUCAGGGUCUGCCGUACUUGGGAGGACACUCCUUCAGGGUUGUCCAGGAGCUGCUGGAGCAUGGUGUCUGUGAGGAGGUAGAAAGAAUCCAGAGUUCCGACAGGUACCAGACUAUGAAGCUUUUCACCCAAGUCUUUGGAGUUGGGGUGAAGACUGCUAACCGGUGGUACCAGGAGGGAUUGCGAACCCUGGAUGACCUCCGAAAGCAGUCCCAGAGAUUGACUCGGCAGCAAAGGGCAGGACUCCAGUACCACCAGGACCUGAGCACCCCAGUUCAACGGCCUGAUGCAGAGGCCCUGCAGCAGGUGGUGGAGGUGGCUGUGAGACAGACCCUGCCUGGGGCCACUGUUACGCUGACUGGUGGCUUCCGGAGGGGAAAGUUGCAGGGCCACGACGUGGACUUACUCAUCAGUCACCCUGAGGAAGGCCAGGAGGUGGGCCUGCUGCCCCAGCUGCUGCUCCGCCUGCAGGACCAGGGCCUGCUUAUGUACCAGCAGUACCAGCGUGGUGGGGAGCCCAGCCACAUAGUUCGCCAGGGUCACACCAUGGAUGCCUUCGAGAGGAGUUUCUGCAUCUUCCGUCUGCCACAGCCCCCGGGGGCCUGGAAGGCCGUGAGGGUGGACUUAGUGGUUGUCCCCAUCAGCCAGUUCCCCUUUGCUCUGCUUGGCUGGACUGGCUCCCAGCUGUUUGAGAGGGAGCUGCGCCGCUUCAGCCAUCAGGAGAGGGGUCUGCGGCUGACCAGCCAAGGGCUGUUUGACCCAGAGCAGAAGAGAGUUUUCCAUGCAACUUCAGAGGAGGACAUCUUCAGGCACCUGGGGCUCAAGUACCUUCCUCCAGAGCAGAGGAAUGCCUGACCUGCAUGCCACCCCACCUCCUCCCUGGAUCCUUGGCUGAGAAUGCCCCGCAGUGAGGCACCCCAUUCUCACAGGGUACUGUGGGGCUUGGUGAGGUGGUCAGUUCAGAGCCUCCCUGUACCCUGAUCCCUGCCCCAUAGGGGAUCUGAGCUGAUGUGCUCGGGAGCCUGUGGGCAUAAGAAGCAAGUGCUGUCCUAAGAGCCAGUCCAAGGGCAGUUCCUGUGAGUCUUGCAAGGUACCCUCAGAAGUAUUCCCAUAGAAGCAUCUGUCCCUACCUGGAGGAGUCUUCUGGAGGUACACCAGAGGCAUCCAGAGAGGAAGAUGGCCCCCCAGUCAGGGAGUUGGAAGGAAGACAGCGUGCAGCCCCUCUAGGUUCUUGCUUAUGCCUACAGGCCUGGCCAGCAGGUCUGAGGCACAGCCACCCUCCCCUCAUUGCUCCACCCAGCAUUGCCCAGUGUUGCUGCCUCCCAAGCCUAUGCCCCCAUGCAGGUUGGCUUACUGGUUUUCUGCUCCAUGGCCUGGCCCCCAAAUGACCCACCUGCACCAAAGUAGAAACAUCGAGGUGGGCCUCACACACCCAUCUCCUGUGGGUCUCAAAUUUCCAAGCCUUCUCUCACCUCAGGGCCUUUGUUCCCACCUUUCACCAAACCAUUCACUUGGAACCACAUUCACCCUAUCAGUGGAGAGUCCCUAGACCAUGCACCAUAUUAAAAAUAUCUCUAAAACA